AUGGUGGAACGUCUCAUGCAUCUUGCCCCUCCAGAAGUUACUGGAUACAUUCUAGAUUCGCCAGUAAGUACUACGGGAGUAUAUAAUUAUUUUACAGAUCUCGAUGAUAUCGUUGACGAAGUGGCAAGAACCUUUUUGGAACGCUGCGAUCACGACCGUGUCUGCAGCUCCCACUUUAAAGAACCGAAUACAUUAAUUACUGUUUUUCAAGAUGUUUUGACCGCUCUCGACAAUCAACCGGAUUCAGCGUGCUUUGAAAUAAUAAACACCAUGAAAAUUAUCAAUCAUAAUUGGCCAGCCUCCCACAAAUUGCGAAAACUCGUAUUCUCUCUGGUGAUGACUCCAUCGUUGUACAUGACAAUUCCUCAGUUUGUGUACCGCCUCAAGCGCUGUCAACCCCAUGAUGUGGACGUCUUGACGACAUACAUUAACAAUUUAUCAGAUAACGGUCUCUUUGAUCCAGAUCCUAGCGGGCAGAGCUCCGAGUUGUUGUACAACCUCAUCGUCUUCUUGGAAAUAUGGGAAAGGCCGACACCUUCGCUAGCGGAAUUGAAAAAGCGCUUUUUGAACAGUGUCGGUGGUUGGGGCGUAUACGCCGAUAGCUCGCGGAAUCAAUUAUAA